AACCAAAACACCCUUCAAAAGAAAAAAAAAAAAAAACACUCAAAAUUCAAAACCAAUCACAAGUUGUAAUAAAAUAUAAUAGUAUGAUUAUUAUUCAUUGCUAGCCAAACCAAGCCAGCAAAGCAAACCCAUAUUUCAUUCAUUGAACAAGUUUGUGUCUUACACAUAGAAAAAACAAAAAACAAAAACAACCCAAAUUGUAUAAGACUAUAGUUUCUUUAAUAACUUAAAUAAUAAUUCAUUAUUUUAUUUUAUUUUUUAAGUUCCUUCAUCUAUCUUCUAUCUUUCUUCAAUGAAAAGUCAUCACCAUCAUCUUCUUCUUCAUGCUUCAUUUUCUUCUAAUAAUUCUUUCAUACCCUUAAGUUCUUCCAAUCAUCAAUUACCAAAAAAUAUGGCAAUAUCACCUCAAACAUUCCCAACUACUAAACCACCAUCAUCAGAAACGUCGUCGUUUAUUACCCCAAAUAUCACUAACUUUAACCUCCUCCAUUCUCUUUUACACCUCACAAACCAAAUAUGUUCCUUAAACGCAGCUCCAUGGUGUCGUUUCCUUUUAAACAAAAUUUCUUCUUCCACUAUACGUAAAACGCACCUUCUCGGUGUCGUUUUCGAUGACCUAAUUCGCAAUUCAGUUUCAUCUUCGAAUUCAACUCGUCAAAAUUCUUAUGUUCUUUGUCUUGAAGAAAUGUAUAUUGUGCUUCAUAGGGUUAAAACUCUGCUUGAAGAUUGUUCUAAUGGAAGCAAAUUUUCAAUUCUCAUGCAGAUUGAAACUGUUGCUGAUAAUUUCAACAAAUUAACAGGUGAAUUAUCAACUCUUCUUGAUGUUUUUCCAAUUCAAGAAAUGAACUUGAACGAUGAUGUAUUGGAGCUUGUUGUUCUGAUUAGAAAACAGUGUUCAGAAACGAAGAAUUUGUUAGGUGAAGAACAAAUUCAUCUCAGAAACGACGUUGUUUCUGUUCUUGAAGGAAUCAAGAGAGAAAUUGUUCCAAAAGAGGAGAAAUUAUCUUCAAUUUUUGAGAAAUUGGAGAUUCAAGAUUCUUCAAGUUGUAGAAAUGAGAUUGAAAAUCUUCAGGAAGAAAUUCAGAAUCGGAACGAAGAACAAUCAAAAUCGGAGAUUGUUGCGUUGAUCGGACUGGUUCGUUAUGCGAAGUGCGUUCUUUUUGGUGCUUCGACGCCGUCAUCGGGAAAUGAUGGCCGUCUACGGCGGAAUCAGUCGAUGGAGGUGGUGGUUCCGGCGGAUUACCGGUGUCCGAUAAGUCUUGAACUGAUGCGGGAGCCUGUCGUCGUGGCAACAGGACAGACGUACGAUCGUUGUUCUAUUAAGCUUUGGAUGGAUUCUGGACACAACACGUGUCCUAAAACAGGUCAAACCCUGGCCCACAUGGAGUUAAUACCUAACCAUGCUUUGAGAAAUAUGAUAGCUAUUUGGUGCAAAGAACAGAAAAUUCCGUUUGAAAGUGAAACGGUUGCCGUUAAAGUUAACGGUGGUGUUACAAAUAAGACAGCUUUGGAAGCAACAAGAAUGACGGCAGCGUUUUUAGUCAACAAGUUGACUUUGACUAACGGUUCUUUAGCGUCGAUGGAAGAGACAAAUGGUGUCGUUUAUGAGCUUCGGGUUUUGGCAAAAUCAGAUUCGGAGAGUCGAGCUUGUAUAGCUGAAGCUGGAGCUAUAGAGAUUUUAGUUCAGUUUUUAAGCUAUGAAGUUGGUUCGCAAAAUCCGAGUUUACAAGUUAAUGCAGUUACAACGAUAUUAAAUCUCUCGAUACUUGAAGCGAAUAAGACAAGGAUAAUGGAGACUGAAGGUGUUUUAAGCGGUGUUGCAGAGGUUUUAAGAUCGGGUGCGACGUGGGAGGCUAAAGCAAAUGCGGCGGCUACUGUGUUUAGUUUAACUGGAGUGGUUGCUUUUAGAAAGCGGUUAGGUAGGAAGACACGUAUCGUUAGUGGAUUGAUUGAGUUGGCGAAGAAUGGGCCUGAGGGUGCGAAGAGGGAUGCAUUGGCAGCCAUUUUGCAUCUAGCAGCGGAUAGGGAGACGGUGGCGAGGUUGGUAGAGAGUGGGGCGGUGGAGAUGACAGCAGGGAUUAUGGCGGUAAUGCCGGAGGAGGCAGUGACGAUACUUGAAGCGGUGGUUAAGCGUGGAGGAUUAGUUGCGGUUGCGGCGGCUUUUGUGGGGAUUAAAAAACUGGGGACGGUGUUAAGGGAGGGAUCAGAGAGGGCGAGGGAGAGCGCGGCCGCGACACUUGUGACAAUGUGUAGGAAAGGUGGAUCAGAGAUUGUGGCGGAGCUUGCGGCGAUUCAUGGUGUGGAAAGGGUGAUUUGGGAGUUAAUGGCGGUGGGGAGUGUGAGAGGGAGGAGGAAGGCGGCGACAUUGUUGAGGAUUUUACGUCGGUGGGCGGCGGGUUUAGAUGGUGGUGAAACGGAGGGAUUUACAUCAACAAACACUUUUGUUAGUACGUCAACUACCAUGGUUGUUCCAACUACAACUUCAUUAGCACAAUAACACAUGUUAAUUUGUAAAUUUCUCAUUUGUUGUUGUACCAUUGUUUUUUCUUAAUUCAUUGGUUUUGCCAUUCUGUAAAAUGUAAUCUAUGCAGCAAUGUUUUUUUCUUCAUUUAAUGAAAAAUAUAAUGACAUUCUUUCA